AUGCCUGAAGUCGUGGACCCCCGCAUGAUUUCGGUGACGCCUAGAAUACGAUACAACACCAUCGGCGGCGUAAACGGUCCACUCGUCAUUCUCGACAAUGUCAAAUUCCCCCGAUACAACGAGAUUGUAUCUUUGACGCUGCCUGAUGGCACCGAGCGCUCUGGCCAAGUCCUCGAAGCUCGAGGUAAUCGCGCCGUCGUUCAGGUCUUCGAGGGUACAUCCGGCAUCGACGUUCAGAAGACCAAAGUCGAGUUCACUGGACACAGUCUGAAGCUCGGUGUGUCCGAGGACAUGCUGGGUCGUAUUUUCGAUGGUUCAGGAAAGCCCAUUGACAAGGGCCCCAAGGUCCUGGCUGAGGACUACCUCGACAUUAACGGUAGUCCCAUCAACCCAUACUCUCGAGUGUACCCCGAAGAGAUGAUCUCUACUGGUAUCUCGGCCAUUGACACAAUGAACUCUAUCGCUCGUGGCCAGAAGAUUCCCAUCUUCUCCUCCUCCGGUCUUCCCCACAACGAAAUCGCUGCGCAGAUUUGUAGACAAGCUGGCCUGGUCGGAAAGCCCACCAAGGGCGUACACGACGACCACGACGACAACUUCUCCAUUGUCUUCGGUGCCAUGGGUGUGAACUUGGAAACGAGUCGCUUCUUCACUCGCGACUUCGAGGAGAACGGCAGUAUGGAGCGUGUCACAUUGUUCCUCAACUUGGCAAACGACCCUACUAUUGAGCGUAUCAUUACUCCUCGUCUCGCUCUUACGACCGCCGAAUACUACGCCUAUCAGCUCGAGAAGCACGUAUUGGUCAUUCUUACCGAUUUGUCUUCCUACUGCGAUGCGCUGCGUGAAGUUUCGGCUGCCAGAGAAGAAGUCCCCGGUCGACGUGGUUACCCCGGUUACAUGUACACUGAUUUGUCCACCAUCUACGAGCGCGCAGGACGUGUCGAAGGCCGCAACGGAUCAAUCACUCAGAUUCCCAUUCUGACCAUGCCUAACGACGACAUCACACAUCCCAUUCCUGACUUGACUGGUUACAUUACCGAGGGUCAGAUCUUCAUUGAUCGUCAACUCGACAACAAGGGUAUCUACCCUCCCAUCAACGUCCUCCCAUCGCUUUCUCGUCUUAUGAAGUCCGCCAUUGGUGAGGGCCGCACACGGAAAGACCACGGUGAUGUUUCCAACCAGCUUUACGCAAAGUACGCCAUUGGCCGUGACGCCGCAGCCAUGAAGGCAGUCGUCGGAGAGGAAGCCUUGUCUUCCGAAGACAAGCUGUCCCUCGAGUUCCUCGAGAAGUUUGAGCGUUCCUUCAUUGCUCAGGGUGCUUACGAAUCUCGUUCCAUUCACGAGUCUCUCGACCUAGCAUGGUCGCUACUCCGCAUUUACCCCAAGGAACUUCUCAACCGUAUCCCAGCCAAGGUUCUUGACCAGUACUACCAGAGGAGUCGCGGCGGCGCUGAUGGCGACAAGAAGAAGAGCAACAAGGACACUAAGGACAACUCUGGUGAAGGACAGCAGGGCGAGAACUUAAUCGAUGUUUAG